AAGUAAAAAGAUAUUGACCUAUGUUUAAAAAUUAAAUAUAAAUCAUUAAUUUUAUUAGCCAAUUAGGUAUCGAUUGCUGUAUAAUAUUUGUCGACAUUUAAUAUCACUACAACCUACAUGCCAUAAUUGGUAUGUUGUUCGGUUCUAGUGGUACACAAAUAAAUAAACAGGACUCAGCUGUCACUGAUUAUCCUAAGUAAAACGCAAAUCGUUGGUUCUUCUUAACGUAUCGAUUAGCAGACUAUGGCACAAAAACGACUCUCAAAGGAGUUGAAAGACAUUAUCAAUGAUCCACCGCCAGGCUGUUCAGCUGGGCCAGAAAAUGAUGAUUUGUUUCAUUGGUCAGCUUCACUCACUGGACCGGAUGGGAGCCCAUAUCAGGGAGGCGUUUUCUUUCUCAAGAUGAUUUUUCCUACAGACUAUCCAUUCAAACCUCCCAAGGUGAUGUUUACAACUAAGAUCUACCACCCAAACAUCAACACUUCAGGCAGUAUAUGCUUGGAUAUUCUUAGAUCUCAAUGGUCUCCUGCCCUCACUGUUGGCAAAGUCCUGUUGUCGAUAUUAGCUCUCAUGUCAGAGCCCAAUCCAGACGACCCAUUGGUGCCUGACAUAGCAAACUUGUUCAAGAAAGACAAGAAGAAGUACGAACACACUGCUCGGGAAAUGACUAAAAAACAUGCGACUUAAGAAACAUUGUUGUAAAUGUGAUCAUUUGAAUAAUGUCGUGCAAAAAUGGGUCUUAUGCCAUAUGCAACAAAUGUAGUUUUAGGUUUUAUGGUCUCAUAAGAGAAUUGGGUAGUUCCUGACCAGACUGCACAGAGCUACUCUGUCAGAAAACGGCAGAAGACCAAUUUUUGCAUGAUUCAGAUCAUUUUUAAGUGUGAAUCGAGUUAAUUCGCACUGCAUCAUGUGUAUGUGGACAAAGUCCAAACUGUUUAUGAAAAUUUCCUUUAAAUGGAAUAAGAUAUUAUGAUUUAUAUGUAUUUGAUUGAAACAGUGUAUAGAAAUGUUUCGAAUCAUUUAUAUAUUUAAAUUAAGAAUUAUAAAUUUUUGUUGGAUAAGUUCCAUAAAAUGUCAUUAUGAGCAAGCCUCAGUAUUUCGUUAUUUAUUUUGUGGAACAGUCCUGCCUUAGUUUGAGAUUGAACACAGAAGACUGGUAGUAUUAGGACAAAAUGUGGAAAAUAUUAAAUCAACAAUUGAUAACUACCAGUGAACAUGUACAUAACGCUAUUCAAACUGUCAGUGCUUAUUGAAUACAAUAAACAUUUUCAUUUAACAAUGUUUGUUUCAUAAUUUGUUGACAUUUGAUUUCAUUGUUAUUGAUAUUUUGAUUCCUAUUUCUUAGAAGGGUUGCUAGUACAUGUAGAUGCAGUAAAGCGUCAUUAAGUCUGUCAAGCAUGAGUUUUUCAAUGAUGCAAUCUUAUGUGUUUAUUUUAAAUUUCAAAAUAAUUUCUUUAACUUGUUGUCCUAAUAUUUUCUAAAUGUUACAAAACAGUCUAACUGCAAUGUAUUAGUUUUGCACGAAUCUUUAAGUAAUUGAGCCUCGUUAAGGUAAAACUGGGCUUAAUGCAUGUGCACAUCCUCCCUGAAUAGUACACAUGUGCACAUCCUCCCUGAAUAGUACAGGCUAAUCUGUGACAAUACUUUGAGUCGUGUUUGAGUCCUGUUCUGAAAAAAAACUGGGCAUAAUGCAUGUGCGUAAAGUGUCGUCCCAGAUUAGCCUGUGCAGUUCGCACAGGCUAAUCUGGGACGACACUUUCCGCUUUUAUGAUAUUUUUCGUUUAAAUGAAGUCUCCUCUUUGCAAAAAUCCAAUUUAGGCGGAAAGUGUCGUCCCUGAUUAACCUGGAUGACACUUUACGCACAUGCAUUAUGCCCAGUUUUCCAAGACCAGGGCUCAAAUGAUGUUCAUUUGCCCGCCUUUGAUUAAGUGAUACACUCUACUUUUUCCACGUUUGUACCUGUGUAUUUCACAACUUGCAGUGUAAAUGAUGUCCCUAAGUAAAUUGCAUGUAACAGAGAACAAGAUAGAAGUAAGAACAAUUGGAAAAUAUAUAUAUACUUUAAUACUGAAAACGGAAAGAAAACCUGCUUUAGUUUGUUGCCAAACUGUUAUAUACAACAAUAUCAAUAAAUAUCACUGAUUUGAAGACAGAUUAAAUUUUUUUUUACUGGCUUUUACAUACAUUUACUAACUGUUUUACUCAGUUUUUUUGUGAUAGUUGUCCAUUAAAUGUAUUUGAAAUUUUGUUGUGCGAUAGUUUUGUGUGGGUGCUAAUUUGUUAAAAUUUCAAGUUUUAUUCCAAUUAUCUAUAUGACCAUGCUGGUUUAUGAAUUGAGUGCUUUACAGGAACAUUAAAAAUGAUUAUACCUA